UCUUAAAAUGCAUGGGAAUUUCGCCAUUGAAGAAUUAUGUUCCGAUAUUUCUUUUCUUUUUUACUUACCUUUCCCUUCAUUGUUCUCUAACAAUAGCACAAUUAAUUUGUGCUCCAAAAACGAUCGACAACAUUAUAUCGAACAUAUCGGAGAAUAUUGUUCUAAUUAUGACACUUACAAAAAUAACAAUUGCUAGAGUAAAUAGAGAAGCAUUUCGUAAAUUAUUCAUGGAAAUCAAGGAGUAUUCAUUAACUGAAAAAUACGAAACCAAAGAGGAGAAAAUGACGUUCUUAAACUAUACUAAAUUACCUCCACGAUUUAUUGUUAUAACAGCCUGUUCAAUGACAACAUCUGAUAUAUUAUAUUACACGAGUGGGCUUAUUUUUGGAAUUCAAAUUGGAAAGCAAAACAAUUCCAUGGGUUAUCAAUUGCCAUAUAGAACAUUAGAAAUUAUGGAUAUAAAGGAUACGAGGAUUUACGCUUUGAUCUGUGCUUAUCAAACAAUAGUCAUACCUAGUGUCUUAUUCGGUUACGUAGCAUUCGAUUGCAUGUUCGUCAAUUUGUCCGUUCAAGUAAUUGCACAAUUUGCUAUAUUGUCCUAUAAGGUCAAGACAGUGUUAAAUAAUUCUGAAAAUUAUCGUCUGGGUAUGAAAGAACUUGUACUACGACAUUAUCGAUUGAUAAGAUUAACAGAAAAAUUGGAAGAUAACUUUAAUUUUGUAAUCAUGCAGCAAUUGUUGGGUACCACCAUCCAUCUUUGUAUUUCCGGUUUCUACCUACUGAUGACUACGGAAACGAAAGACAGUUUAACCUUGAUCUUGUUCGUUUUAUAUGGCUUUUGUGUGAUCAGUACACUUUUUAUUUACUGCUUCAUCGGCGAAUGUUUUAUCCAGGAAAGUACUAAUUUUGGUAACGCCAUUUACAAUUACGAGUGGUAUAACUUACCUGCAAGAGACUCGAAAUUUUUUCUCAUUUGUAUGAUACGAACGAAAAAACCACAAUAUUUAACGUCUGGUAAAUUUGCCGUCUUGUCCUUGACCAUCUUCACAGAUAUCGUCAAAUCUUCGAUGGGAUAUUUAUCAGUAUUGCGUACAUUUUUGUAAAAUGGACACAAAUGAGAUGAAUUAAGUAGUAACAAUUUCUUUAUUCUUUUUU